UUUAAGCAACACCCGAUCACUCUCCAAAAUUAACAGCAAUCAGAGUAUUCCCAUUGCAGUCAGUCUUGAGCAUGGCUCUCGCCACGCGCAACGUGCUACCGGCGUUUGCUGUACUUGUACUGCUAAACAAAUUUACACUGAUUGCCUCUGAACCAGGAACCAUUCAGCUUACUCCAGCGAUAACGUUAAAGGGAGAAGCCUGUUGUUCGACUGGAGAUAGCAAUGGAUACGUGUAUUAUGGAAUACGCUACGCUACCGCCCGACGUUUUGAGCAUUCUAUGGCGAAUGAGAACUACUCGUAUUUGCGCAAUACCACCCGGCCCAAACGCGGACCCGUGUGUCCGCAAACUUCCCCAGAAGCGGAUGGAAACGUUGUAUCCGAAGACUGUCUUUACCUGGACGUUUAUGUUCCGCCGAUAAACCCACGUGAACGUCCAAAAUUUCCUGUACUGAUGUUUAUUUAUGGCGGGGGAUUACAAGAGGGCUCCAAGGACACAUACAGUCCAUCGUCGCUGGUGGCUUACAUCAACGCCAUCGUAGUGUUUAUCGAUUACCGUGUUGGUGCUUUUGGUUUCCUGAGUACCGGCGAUGCAACCGCCUCCGGAAAUUAUGGGCUGGGCGACUGUAAAGUAGCGGUUAAGUGGAUCCAGAAGCACAUCGGGAAGUUCGGCGGGGACCCUGCUGCAUUGACGGUGUUCGGGGAAAGCGCGGGAGCGGCACUAACAUCGGCACUCAUUGUCGGUCGUGAUCAAUCGAUUCGAAACUCACUGCGCGCGGUGGCGCUGUUAAGCGGUAGCAUCACGACCGACAUCCUUUAUGACCGCGAACCGAAAGAGACGGCUAUGGGCGUGGCCCAGAAAGCCGGUUGCCCGACGGAAAGUUCCGCAGUUAUGAUCGGGUGCCUGAAGCAGUUGCCAGUUGAGGACCUUUUGCGUUAUUCGCCACAAAUUUCUGAUAGGCCGACGAUGCCGUUUGGAUUUGCGGUGGACGGUGAACACAUUCCGGAUAUUCCAAUUCGAGCGUUAAAAGCAGCUGCCGCUUUGUCGGCUCCAGCCCCUCACAUUCUAACAGGAUAUCUGCGGGAAGACUCAUCAUAUCUCUUGCAAAGUGUUGAACCUGAUUUAGUCGACCCGAGCAAGCCUUUAACGGUGGACCAGCUGCGGGAUGUUGUGGGUAAACGCUAUCUUCCGCUCAAAGAUGGCGGCUUGGCCAAUUGCUCCUCAUUAGACACUACCGUUGUCACGCGGAUUCUCCAACAAUACAACAUCACCGACUCCAACAACCGAGACGACACUCUCUGGAAAUUUUUCCAUCUGGCCACGGACGCACAGUUUGGUCACCAAGCGGUCCAGGAAGCGCUGCUGUAUGCCAGCAGUGCGGGCACCAGCCAAGUAUACCGCGUUGAUUACAAUCCUGGAAUGGGCAUGGAAAAAUGAAUGGACCAAAUUUUCGCGCACCCGGUAAAUACCUGCAGAUGAACCAAGAUGGAGAAUGGUUGACAGUCGGCAACAAUGACCUCCUGUAGAUGCUUCAGUUUUGGGAAGAGGUGGCCAUGAAUCCGUGCGGAAAUAGCGAUAGUUUCAGUGCGCAGAUUGUUAGCUCUUUUGUCAAUUUAAUUACGUAUGUAAUAAGCGCUUUUAAAAAUACAUGAGGUAAGAGAAGCUUUUUAUUUUUUCCCCACUUCAUCAUCUUACUGGAACACGGGCAAUACUACAAAGUACUGCGCUUUUUUACUCUGAUGAUGCUGCUGACUGCUGCAUUAAUUAAUGAGUUUUGUCUCAAAU